AUGUCCAUGGAUUGGGCCAUGGACAGCCCCUAUUUCCUGCCGCCAGGACUGCAAAAAUCCCGUGGCUCGCUGCACUCUCUUUCUCGAACAAUUCCGGGCGAGGAUAAGUACGGGAUAGCCUUUGAUGGCAAUGGCAGUAUCAGAUCAAAUACCCCUACCCGUCGACAUAACAACGCAGAUGAUGCCUCUAGCUAUACGGCCGGAAGCAGUCGGCGUGUAGGCGGUGCUGACGGUCACCAUCACCACAAUGGCGGUCUAGGCGACGACAUGUCUCAGAAUCUGCUUCGGAACGCGCAACGCAUGUCCACUUCACCCCCUUUAGCUGCCGUCCCGGCUGAAUCCCCAAGCCCACCACAGCCAGCUCAUCUGCCCUUUGACAAUCGUUUUGACGAACUGGGUCUUCCCUCGUCUAUAAGCAAUAACAACAACAACAAUAACAACCUCAAGGAAAUCACAAACAACAACGACAAUAACAACAGCGGUACCUGCAGCAACACCGGCGACGAUAAUCAGAUGGGUGCUGCGAAGAGCAAAGACCCGGCCCUGCGAAGUAGCCACAAUUACCUGGGUCAAUUCAUCCACAGUGGUAGCAGAUCAUCGACUCCAGACGACCAGAAAAAACAAGACAGUGUUUCCAACCAGCAGGACGGUCAUCCUUCUCUCCCGGGCCUGGCCUUUUCGACUAAUGAUGGACCAAAAUUGGAUUUCAACUUGGGGCCCUCUUCCACACCUGCUGCUACUGCUGUAACUGGACGUCAACAGGGUGAUGCUGAUAGCGACUACGGUGACGAAAGCAAGCCCGCUUCAGGUCUGCCACAGUUUAACAUCAUGCCUGCCCAGGAGCUGCAGCAGCAGCAACUACAUGGUGACGAAUAUGGACACGGAUAUCCAGAAGAAGGGGAUGAUGGGACGGACAGCAUCCACGACGUUUAUGACCAGUACUACGACUCCAACCACCUCAUUGAUACCCGCAGACUAACCAUGGGGAUCCGGCCACUGCCGCCUGAGGACCCAUCAGACAACCCCGAGCAGCGAGCAAACCGUAUCCGAUCGUUCUACAAAGAAUACUUCGACGAGAGCAAACCCUUCCAGCAGGACUACAUCGAGGACUACGGCGAUGUGCCUCCACUUCCCAACCCAGCUGCACCCUUUGCCCAGCCUCUGCCUCGUCGAGCCAUGACUCCUCCCCCAAGGAUGCCUCCUGCCUUCCCUCCACGCCGUCACCCAGGGGUAGGCCAUCAGCCGCCACCUGGCAUGGGUGGUAUGAACAGGGGAUUCGCCCACAGUGCUACAAAUUCCCUGGCCAGUGGUGGUCACCCCAUGGGCGGCCCACGGGCCUUCUCCUCUGCUUCAGGUCGCAUUGCUCAUCCACGGCAAAAAAAGCCUCUUCCGCCACCUUCACCCUUGCACAUCCUGCCUACUCCGCAUAAACUCAAGGACGACACCUUCCUGCCUAUCGACUUCGCACCAGGUCCUCGGGCUCGAGACCGCCAGGCCGGUCGACCGGAGACCCCCCUGGGCGGCUUGCAACAUUACAACCUCAUGGUCCCCUCGCAUAGUCCUCUUGUCUCAUCCUUUGACGAACUUCCCUCCGUCCCCAGCCCUCAUGCCCUCCGCAAGUCCGGCACGUACACUGCCCUCGACUUUGCACCACCGCCUCGCUUCAAGAACGAAUCUGGCACUGGCAGUGACGCAGGCAGUAUCCGCAGCAACCGCACCGGCAUAUCUGCUCUGCAGGCUCACAACAUCCGCUCGGGCGCCUACCGCGUCAGUCGUUUGCCAGCCGAAACAGUCGGUACACGAGAUGACUUUAGCUCCAACCUUAAGCCCCACCAGAAUCCAAGUCCAACUACUCCGGAGCAGUCGAGCACAACUAUCAUCAUCACCUCCACGGCGUCCUUGCCGAGCAACCCCAACCCCACCCGCCCAGCACCUUCUUCCUCCUCGUCCUCUACCUCUAGUUCAGCACCAACCCUGCCUCCAGGCUCCGGCUCUGGCAAUGGAAACGGCGGUCUUUCUGCCGGCGGAACCAUUGCAAUUGCAGUCGUUGUACCUGUCGUCUCGGUAGCUUUGAUUAUCAUUUUACUGCUGUUUUGGUAUCGCAAGCGCAAGGCCCGUAAAUUGGCGGAGGAAGAGCGCAAGCAGGAAAUUGAAGAAUACCGCUUCAACCCGAACAAUGACCCUACCCUACCGGCCGUGGGCAUGUACGAUACCGACGUUGCCUUGAAGGACACCUCUGCUGCUGCUGCCGCUGGAGCAGGUGGUGCAGCUGCAAGCGGAGGUUACCGUGGUUGGGGCACGACCAGCAACUCACGCCAUGCACCCACCAACACGGCCUCGAGCGGCGGGGCUGACAGCAGCGCCAUGUAUGGCCGAGAGGUAUCCCCCGUCGAAGAAUCCUUCCACAUGGCCGACGAUGAACAGCGUCAAGGCCUAGGCCGUGUUGAACCUGCAGCCGCCGGCAUCCCCAAAGCCCUGCAUAUCGGUCAGCCUCCAGUCCAACAGCAACAGCAACAACAACAACCAUUACAACACCAGCAGCAGGUCCCCAUCCAGCAUCAAAAUGCGAGCAACAUCCAUCGCGGCCUGUCCAAUGCCUCAUCAGCGUACUCCACAGGCGCCCAGUCAGACAUGUCCGACGACAUGAUGCCUCCGGGAGCCCCUGCAGGCGCACAGUACUAUGAAGAGAGCGCCUACUACCCGGAUGGCCAGGGAGCUGGCUACUCCCACGGCCACAGCAGCAGUCACGGCCACGACCAAACCAGCCUUGGGCCGCAGCCCGUCAUCCGCGACGUCUCUGCCCGGCGCAACACCCGCAUCGAAAGCCCCAGCGUAUUCCCCCAUCCGCAGCAGGGCAACGCCGGCAUAGCGCAGAACUUUUAA